AUGACAUCUAUUUUGACAACUGUCAACAAUUUCGUAGAACAAUUAACCAUAUCCGUUUUGCGAAGAGGAAAAAUACCACGCCAUGUUGGUUUCAUUUUGGACGGCAAUAGGAGAUAUGCUCGAAAGGCGGGUGCUAGUUCCACAAAAUUCGGUCACUAUGAAGGAUUCAGACAGCUGGAAAAGCUUGGAAUUGAAGCUGUAACAGUGUAUGCUUUCAGUUUGGAAAAUUUUAAUCGAUCAAAGGAUGAAGUUGAAUACCUAAUGCAGCUCUUUUGCGAUGCGUUUGAAGGGUUUUGCGAAAAGAAUGCACUUGUUGAUAAAUAUGAAGUUGGUGUUCGAUUUUUGGGCAACAUUUCCCUAUUACCACAGAAGGUUCAAGAAGCCAGUCGUAAAGUAACAGAGCAAACAAGAAAAUAUAAAAAGCGUAUUUUCAAUGUAUGCUGUCCUUAUGGAUCAAGAGACGAGAUGACUACAGCCUUAAAAGAGACGAUCGAAUUGGUGAAGGAAGGAAAAUUAGCAGUGGAUGACAUAACAGACCAAACCAUCAAAGACCAUCUCUUCACAGCAGAUUGCCCACCCUUAGAUAUAUUAGUGAGGACAUCUGGAGAAAUACGUUUAAGUGAUUUUCUACUAUGGCAAGCCGCUGACCAUUGCCAAAUACAAUUUGUCAAUUGCUAUUGGCCAGAGUUUUCUUUAUGGCGUUUUCUACCUAUUUUAUUAGAAUAUCAAAUUUAUUCUGAUCACCAAGCAGAGCAGAAAGAGGUAACAUACAAUUGA